CCGGGCAGUUCAUGUCUUCUGCCCAAAGUUAAAUAGAUCAAUCAUCACGCACAUCAUUGUUACCGAAAGAUGCCUGCGAGUACAACCAAAAACGCUGCUCAGAUACCUGUCAUCGAUAUUUCUACCGUAAACGAUAGAACUGCAAGCGCUCUACUGGAUGCUGCAGCGACGUUUGGCUUCGUGUUUGUAAAAUACAAUGGUACAUCCAUCACGCCACAGGCUGUUGAUGACAUGUUUGACACGGCGCGGACGUUCUUCAACUCUCCUGUCGAUGUAAAGAAGCUAGCCACAAUCAACAGCAAUAGUUCCCACAAAAACCGAGGGUGGCUUUCGAUGCAUACAGAAAACCUCGACCCGGCAAGAAACAAACGCGGGGACUUCAAAGAGGCCUUCAACCUUGGAGAGUUCGUUAACGGCAAAGCAGACCAACCUCUACCUCCACCUUUGGCGAGGGAGGAGAGCCGUAUUGGUCAAUUUGCAGACCAAUGCCAUGAGCUCUGUAAUCAGAUCUUACGUUUGUUCGCCAGAGCUCUCGACAUACCCAGAGACGAGGGCGGUGAGACCUGGUUCUCGCAACGACAUGAUCGAAGUAAAGGACCUUCCGGAAGUGUGCUUCGGCUGCUCUACUACCCAGCGUAUGGAGGAGAUGCUACGUCCGAAGACAUACGUGCUGGUGCUCACAGCGACUAUGGUUCUAUCACGCUGCUGUUCCGUCUACCUGGUCAACCGGGAUUGGAGAUCCUUACACCGUCUAAUGAUUGGUCUGCUGUACCUCUGAAUCCUCUCAAUGACAAGGACUUGCCCGUUCUCGUGAAUAUCGGAGACUUGCUAUCCUACUGGACGAAUGGUCUACUCAAAUCUACAGUACAUCGUGUCGUCUUUCCGACACCAUCCGUAGACCCGGGCAAUGAUGCAGCUGGCGAAGAUCGUUAUUCAAUAGCAUACUUCUGUCACCCUGAAGAUGAUGCAAGACUUGUACCGGUGCCUAGCAAGAGAGUUCAGCUGAGGCAUGAGCUUAUCAAGAGGGAAGGUGUCGGGUUCGGAGGGGGCGCUGGCGCGCCUGGGGAAGACGGAAAUGUCCUCACUGCAAGGGGACAUCUUGACAGACGACUCAAGGCUACGUAUGGAAUGAAAGGGUGAUGGCUGGCAGGAUUUGAGUUAUUAGCCUCAUACGAUGACUAUCUUGAUCGUUUAUUACACACUAUCUGGAGCAUGUGAAGCGGUGUAGUAAGAUAGCCUGUUCCACAGGCAAAGUAUUCCGUAAGUUGCUAAGAUGUGGCACGGAAUAGUAAUGGUUGAUUGGAAUUGAAAACUUAACAGCAUUCAUGGCGUUAGCAACUGUGCCUCAGGCAACAAGAAUGAUAUCCGGUUAUUCCGCUCCACGAAUAGCCAAUCAGCAUGCAUGACAUCACAAGCACAUAAUAUCUCAUAUGUAUAAGGUGUAUGGCUGAGCCGCGGACCACGGGCGUCCGGGACCUAAACUUGGAAGUGUAUGACGAAUCGACGAAUG